AUGGACAGCGAGAAGACUUAUUACAGUCCUUGCGACCCGCCUGCUCCGCCAGAUUUCUACUGUACUAUAGAUACUAGUUGUAUCGUCCUUGCGGCCAAUACAACAGUUCUAUGCUGCCCAAAGGCAAGCAGUGGGAAUUGUCAAGAAAUCAAUAUCAUCGCUUGCAAUUUGGACCAACAGAACUCCUUUUCGAGUGUCCAGACCAUAGUCAAGGAGGGAAAGCUACCAAAAUGUGGCACAGGCUGCUGUCCUUGGGGCUAUCAUUGUGGACCCGAUGACUUUUGCUACAUGGACGAAGACCAGAGCAAGCCACCGCCAUCGUUGCAAAGCACGACCAACUUGAUAAUCGAUCAUCCAUUUACUAGCACUUCAUCCUCAUUGCACACCAUCCCAACAAGUUUGGACACGUCGGUCACUUCAUCGUAUGCCUCUCCAGUGCCACUCGCGUCUUCUUCCAAGGACCCAAGCAUCACCGUGGAUGACGAUCCAGCUGAUUCCUCAGGCUCAACUCUGAGCAUAGGCGAGAUAGUAGGGAUAAGCCUGGGAGGAGGGUUCUUCAGUAUCAUGCUAGUAGCUCUGGUCGUAUGCUUCAUACGUCGUACGCGAAAAUCUACUGAAGAUUCAAGUGACUAUGAGCAAAGCCAAGAUACAGUAACGUUAGAUAGCAAAGAUAUGGCAGAGUUGCAUGAUUCCCACGGAGAGCUUCACGGUACUCCAGUUUUUGAGCUCUCUAGUUAG